UCCCAGUAGCAGCUGUGGUGGCUCAGUUCUUCUGUAGCUCUCCCCGUCUCCCUUUCGCUUCCGGAAACAUGGCCUCUGGUGUGGCUGUCUCUGAUGGUGUCAUCAAGGUGUUCAAUGACAUGAAAUUGUGCAAGUCUUCGACACCAGAAGAAGUAAAGGCACACAAGAAGGCGGUGCUCUUCUGCCUGAGUGAGGACAAGAAGAACAUCAUCCUGGAGGAGGGCAAGGAGAUCCUGUUAGGAGAUGUGGGGCAGACUGUGGACGAUCCCUACACCACCUUUGUCAAGAUGCUGCCAGACAAGGACUGCCGCUACGCUCUCUACGAUGCCACAUACAAGACCAAGGACAACAAGAAGGAGGACCUGAUAUUCAUCUUCUGGGCCCCUGAGAGUGCACCCCUUAAGAGCAAAAUGAUCUACGCCAGCUCCAAGUAUGCCAUCAAGAAGAAGCUGACAGGAAUCAAGCAAGGCUAA